UCCAACCAUUCUUGUAUUGAAAAGAGUGCUUAGAAUUGUAUCAUUUCCAUUUUUGUUUUCUACGAGUAAAAAAUCGAAACUUUUCAAAAAUCCCGUAUAAAAUGAAAACCGCCGGAAGAUUACAUUUUACAAAAUUUACAAGUGAGGCUGAGCACAGUGGCCGUUCAUCUUUUACCUCCAAAACGACAGCGGCACAGAGACAAAAUCAAUGGCGGCCAACGCCGGAAAAUACCUCAAAACCUUUUCCCACUGUUUCGCCUCGGCCAAUCGCAUUCCCAAAUUUCCUCUCUCUCCUCCUCUCAUUUCCCCCUUCUCUUCUACCAUCCACAAAAGACGUCAGCUCCUCAUUUCCCCUUCACUUAUUUCACACUUCUCUUCUUCUUCCUCCACUUCUCCUGCCCAUUACGACUCUGCAAAAUACCUAUCUGUACGCAUUCGGUGCGGGAAAGAUAUCGUGGAUUUGCUUUCAGAAGCUCUGCUAAGUUUUGGUGCGAGCUCUACUAGUGUUGAUGAAGACUGUGCAUGUGGGAGGUCUCAAGAGAUAUAUGUUGACUCAAUAUUCCUCGAUGGUCAAGAUGUAAGCAAAUGCAUCUCAUAUGCGGCUGAUUCUGUAGGCUUGAAGGAGUUACCUUUCUACGAAGUUACAAUUGGUGACCAACAUGAUUGGUUAAAGAAAUCCCAGGAAUCGUUUAAGCCAGUUAAGGUUAUGGAGGGACUUUGGAUAGUGCCUGAGUGGACAACUCCCUCGGAUAUCCAUGCGACAAAUAUUAUUCUACAUCCUGGACUGGCAUUUGGAACGGGGGAACACCCAACUACAAAGUUGUGUCUACAACUACUGCACAGCUUAGUGAAAGGAGGGGAAUAUUUCUUGGACUAUGGCACAGGAACUGGCGUUCUUGCAAUUGCAUCACUGAAGUUUGGGGCUGCCUUUUCUGUUGGAAUCGAUGUAGACCCACAGGCAAUUGAAUCUGGACACAAAAAUGCUGCUCUGAAUAAUAUAGAACCUGAAAAAUUGCAACUUCAUCUGGUUCCUAGUGAUCUUGCAGAAUACAAAGAUUGUGAAACAUAUAUCUCUGGAAAGGAGAACUUCGAUAUUGUCAUUGCUAAUAUACUUCAAAAUCCUCUGCUAGAUUUGGCUGAUUAUGUUGUCUCUUAUGCCAAACCUGAGGCAGUCGUUGCUCUCUCUGGUAUUCUAUCCGAGCAGGUUCCAGCUAUUAUAGAACGAUAUUCACAGUACUUGGAAGGCAUAUCAGUGUCAACUAUGGAUGAUUGGGCUUGUGUGAGUGGCAAAAAGAAAAGGCUGCUUUCUGGCAGAUGAUAGUCUCACUCAGAUAUUUCCAGAACCUUCACAGAAUAAUGACUAAUUUGAUGAAGCAGCAUCACAACGAAACCUAGUAAUUAUCGGGAAAUUUUCUUAUUGUACUCACUCUCAUGAGGCUCCAAGGAUCAGGCAACAACCAAAUUUUGUUCGAAGUGCCAAAUUCUGCAAUCAACUAUUCCUUCUGAAAGCUGAAAUAUCAUGUGAAGUUAUGAAGAAGAUGAUCUAGCUCCUCCCAUGCUUCAACAACAGAAUCAUAUUCAUAGUGCACGGCGAAAUGAGGACAAGAAAAUUUGUGCUUUUAGUCUUAGCCAUGUUGUACUUGUAACUUAAUGUAGUCGUCAAGUGUUUAAAAUUGGUAUUUGCAAAAAUAAUUUAUUUAGUACUUUCACUGAAACUAAAAUAGUAACGCUGAAUGAAAACUUUGUAUAGAAUGCCACCUACCUAAGUUCGAUCUUUUCUGACUUGAAA